ACCCGAGAGAGGAGGGGGCGGGGUGAGACCCUCCUCAGAGCCGGCGCGUAGGGCGGAGCGCGCGCCCCGUCCGCGCAGGCGCAGUGGCGUCCUACCGCCCCUUUUCACCUGGGCUGGGCGGUGCAUGGAGGGGCGAGGGGUCGAGAGGAUUGGAGGGUUGUGCCGCCAUCGGUGGCGUACGCGGGAUGUUGGUUCUCCCGGGUCUGGGUUGCGCAGGUUGGAUUGAAGCUGGGACGGCGGGGCGAGGCCGCAUUUCGUCCCAGCUUCUGCGAUUACCUGUGCCUGGAGGUGAUUUGAAGGGCAGUGGGUGGAGAGGUUCGCAGCCCCGCCGCGGAGCUGCCCCGGGAGUUUCCAAGUCCCGACCGGACAGACCUACGGGCCGCGCUUUGCAGCUCUCGCAUCUUCCACCCGGAUAGCGGUCCUGGCAGAAAGGCCGGCCCGGCUGGACCGGACUCGGGCCCCCGCUCCAGGGUGGGCAAGAUGGCCACGCCCCCGGCGGAGACGGUGCCUCAGGGACACCUUUGGGGACAGGACCAGCUUUCUCCACGGGCUCUACCAUUUCCUCCACUUUGGCCCCACUCCACAACAACCACUUCUCCAUCUUCUAUUCUCUGGUCUCCCCCACUCCCACCCCCUCCUAUCUGGUUGCUUCCCCGAGCUCCCCCCCUCCCUCUCCCUCAGAUCCAGGCCCUCAGCUCACCAUGGGUGGUUCUCCCUCCAGGAAAGGGAGAGGAGGGACCAGGACCUGAGAUGCAUAGCGGCUGCUUGGAUGGGCUUAGGAGCCUAUUUGAGGGACCUCCCUGCCCCUAUCCUGGGGCUUUGAUACCUUUCCAAGCCCCUGGGACCUCUUGCCCUUGCCCUGCCACUCCAUCAGGAGAUCCGAGUAUGGAGGAGCACCUGGCUAUCAUGUAUGAGAGACUGAGACACGAGCUUCCCAAUCUCUUCCUUCACUCCCACGACUAUACUCUCUACUCAUCGGAUGUGGAAUUCAUCAAUGAGAUCCUGAACAUACGCACCAAGGGCCUAACAUGGUACAUUCUGUCACUGACCCUCUGCCGCUUCCUGGCCUGGAACUAUUUUGCACAACUUCGGUUGGAGGUUCUACAGCUGACCCGCCACCCAGAGAAUUGGACCCUGCAAGCCCGCUGGCGGCUUGUGGGGCUGCCCAUCCACAUGCUUUUCCUGCGUUUCUACAAGCGUGACAAGGAAGAGCUUUACCAGACCUAUGAUGCCUAUUCCACCUUCUUCCUGAAUUCCAAUGGCCUCAUUUGUCGCCAUCGCCUAGACAAACUGAUGCCUUCACACUCACCCCCAACACCUGUGAAGAAACUGCUAGUGGGAGCCCUGGUGGCUCUAGGACUGUCAGAGCCAGAACCCAACUUACACCUGUGUUCUAAGACCUGAUCCAGGAACUGGGUGGAGGCAGCACUGAAGACUUUGCUACAUACGCACAAGUGGUGGAGGUGGAGGUGGCCUAGAAUCUCUGGGAGUCAGCUUCCUCCUCUCUUUUCUCUCCUUUUUUGCCAUCUCAUGCCAUGUAAAGCUGCUGUGUAAUUUAAUUUGUAAAUAAUAAAGUCUAAGUAAAUACA